AUGCCUCAAGCUCAGCCGGAAUUGAAGAAGUACAUGGAGAAGCGGGUCUUCUGCCAACUCAACGGCAACCGCAAAGUGAUUGGUCUACUCCGAGGCUACGAUGUGUUCAUGAACAUUGUCCUUGAUGAAGCCUUCGAAGAGAAAGCAGGUGGUGAGAAGGUUGCCAUUGGCAUGGUCGUCAUUCGCGGUAACUCGGUUGUCAUGAUCGAGGCCCUUGAACGGAUAAACGACAAAUAA